AUGGCUGCCUGGCUCGAUCUCGUCAGAGAAAACGAAGCAUGGAAUUUAGUUGAUACCAACCGCCUGGAAGAAUUAGUGCAGGGAUUGCCCUAUCCGAAAUGUCAAUAUCCGUCCCUGCUGUACUUCUGCGGAAACGCAAAUCGCAUGAAAGCCUUACGGGCUCUCUUUCCCUACAAUAACAUCACACGUAAAGGCCCCGCAGGAUUAGUCCGUCUCCAUCUCAGCACCACGACCGCUCAUACACAGAAUCCCAUAUUAUUUGCCGAAAGCAGUCUUGGCCUUGAACGAAGCAUGGGCGACUCAAAAUGGCUCAAGCAUUCAAUGACAAAACAUCGAGCCUUCUCGGUGGUGGCUGCCAAAGCUACGAUGUUGCCUGCAAAGCUACAGCAAGAAGUCAAGAGACACUUUGUAUUGCCAUGGAGCCAAAUUCUGUGUUUAUUUCUCGAUUCCAUGUCAGACGUGCAAGCUGCAAAAGAAUUGUUACAGCAACCAUGUCAACAGCUGACCAUUGGUGGCGAAGCGAUUCCUUCUCACACGCAGAUAGCCAUUGUUAUGACCAACAGUCAAAAAGCAACAAAAGCUUUCACCCAAGAAUGCGCACAGCUUCAAAGGCUGACUGAGACUAGAACAAUCACGAUUCUCGAUCUGGGUCCACGAAGCGGACUCUCAGAUAUCACGGCGUUCGAGCCACUGCAAGCCUGGAUCCUGAAACAGCUUAAUACAGUUCAAGCGGAGCAAGUGUCAGCUCACCAAAAGUUCUCAGCAUCUCAUCUCGGUACUUUCUGCAGCAGCCGCUUGCAAAGUCACGAAUGGACCUUGGACGCAGCGCCAUGCGAUCUUUUAGCAACAGCCCGAAGGGACUUGACGAGGAGUGAAACGAUGGGCGAUUAUCUGCAAGAAAUAACGCGGAAUGCAAUAUCCACCGGUUGUUCAAAGAGAGAUUUCGAACAUCUGAUAGCGUCGGCUUUCCUGAUGGAGGCUUAUCCUCCGGGAAUGCAUCAAUUCUCUCCGACUGUGAUGUUCAAGGCAUUGUACGAGAAGCUGUGCCGUCGCAUCUGGGACGGGGACUUGUACCACCAUGUUGGUGGCUUGCUAUACUGUUUCGUCCAGUGUUUUGAGCAGCUGAGCCCUCCCAAGGCAUCGGCAUUGAUCCGAAAAGAGACCUUGCACCGUAUAUACCGCCAAUGGGGCGGACUCCGCUCUACCACGACUUGUUUUGUCUGUCUAUGCCGCCCUCCAGAGCACAUGCUCCCUUGCAAACAUACACUGUGUGACACGUGUGUCGUGAUUUUCGGGCAUCCAAGUGUGCUUGGAGAGUAUCACUUCGAGAUUGCACAAUGCCCCAUCUGCGAUGAAAGGUCCCAUGUCACGAUACGCCAGCUACCUCCGACGAAGCACCCGGUGAUUCUCAGUCUCGAUGGCGGAGGUGUACGCGGCCUUAUUCAAUUAGGGCUAUUACAGGCGUUAGAGAAGCGCAUUGGGGUUUCAAUCACGUCUCUGCCAGAUCUGUGUAUGGGAACGAGUGUGGGAGCAUUGUCAGCGAUUGAUCUUUUUCUCAAUCAAUCCUCGGUUACGCAGUGUUUCCACGCAUUCCCGGACCUGGCGCGAAACAUUUUUCGUCGUUCAUCGAAAUUCCCGAUUCCCCGUGGUAUCCGGUGGCUUGCCUCGGCGUUCAACUUGACCACACAUAGUUUGUAUGAUUCCGAUGGGCUGUCAGAAAUCAUCAACACGGCAGUUGGCCCGUCUCGUCGCAUGUUCGAUGUUGCCACGGCCAGCCCUGCAGGUUGCCGGGUCGCUGUUGUAGCAAGUCGCACCUCCGAUGGCAAAGCCUGCGUAUUGGCCAAUUAUCGAGGAAUCGGCCCGCGCACUAUUGAUACCGCCUAUCAGUUCUUGGCGCCACGUGACGACCGCGAGAAUCCUCUUGUACGGGACGCUGCAAUAUGUAGCGUUGCGGCACCCUUACCAAGACUUUGCCGGGCCUGGGGCUCUUGCAAGAUGGGGGGGUUCGUGCGAACAAUCCGCUCGCCAUUGCGCUGCGAGAGUCGGGCAUCAUCUGGCCCAUGGCAAAUCGACCCGACCUUGUCCUUUCUGUCGGAACAGGCUUCUCCACACCUCCCUCUGGUGAUGCAACGGGAGUUUCUGAGUCGAAUCUGGGAAGGUGCUCUUCCUCGAUUGUUUCGGGCCAUGAUGUCGUCCCCAUCCAUGGACGGCAAGCAAGGCUUCUUGGAAGCCCUGAAUUAUGUCCCGCAUCCGUUGGCCCCCAACAUUUUCCGACUAGAUCAGGCAAUCAACGGAACACUCCCUGCAUUAGACGAUGUGCGCUCGUUGGAAUCGAUGUCGACCAUGGAUUUUGUAAUACCAGAUGGGCUUGUCAGAACGAUUCUCGCUUCGGCCUUGUUUUUCUUCGAGUUAGACGAGACGCCUACUCCGCACAAUGCGUCCUUUCAAUGUCGAGGAUCUAUUCUCUGUUCGCGUCCACAUCCUGCCGAGAUCGUGCAGCGUAUUCUUGUCGAGUUCCCCGGCGCAAGGUUUCAGUCCAGUCCGGACCAUAAUUUAGGAAGCAUAGACCCAGUUGACAUGUGUCAAUUUUGUGGAUACUUCAGAAAGCGCAUUACUUUUCGCGUCGCCAGCCUUGAAGAGAGGGUCUCUAUCGAAAUUGCCAACGAUACCUUUCGCGAAAGAAUUGGUGGUUUCCCUAAGUCGACGCAAGAAUUUCUCGACGAGCAAAAGGCCUACGCUCAGUUCGGUCGCACAGAUCAUCAAACUUUGGAAUGGCCACGGCGGAGAUCUUGUUACUGCCAUCGUGGAUCGAAGCGACUCGUCCACUUUCUAGAACCCACUUUGACGCAGAAAAGACGACGGUUAUGA